AUGCCAUAUGCCUACGUGCGUGCAGCGGCGGCAGGCUCGCAGUACUCUCCUGCUGACAGCGUCACUGUCGUCGUCGGUGACCCCUGGCCCGGCGGCGCGCGCGCGCAGCUGCGGCUGCCGUAUGUGGCGGGGUGCGAGGAGCUUGUGGCGGGCGAGAGCGCAGAAUUGAUGGUGCUCUGCCGCGACGGCGCCUUCACCAAUUUCAAGGUCGUGCGAGAGGUGUACUUCCCCCAGUCCGGCCUGUGGCUGGCGGACUAUCCAUUCGUGAACCGGGACGUGUUUUUGGACAUAUCGCUGGCAGUGGAGCGCGGACGGCAGCUGCAGCAGGACGGGCAGCAGCAGCAGCAGCGACAGCAGCAGCAGCAGCCCCCUGGCGGCUGGGGCGCGCCGUUUGAGGCGGCCGCGUGGCCGGCCGGCGAGGGGUGGCCGGCGGGUGGGGUAGGGGUGGAGCGGGAGCAGCAGGCGCAGCAGGGCAGCGGGGACGUCCUGUAUGCCAGCUACCGGCCAUAUACUCCAGAUGAAUACGAGGGUGGCGAGCCGCAAGCAGCGGCGGAGCAGGCAGGCCCUUCGCCGUACGGCGGCGUCGAGGCGCAAUGGGAAGGGUACCGGCUUGCGCCAGAGGGCGGGGGCGAGGGCGGGAGCGACGGUGCCGCCCCCGCAGGGGCGGCGGGCACGGCGGCGGGCGGCGCGAGCGGCAGCAGUCAAGGCGGAGCGCUCGCAGGAUCAGACGUGCCGUCCGUUGGCGUCGGGUGGGACACCAACGCCGUCGCAGGAGGAUACAGCAGCGCUGGCUGGUCGGCAGCGGCAGCUGGCCAGGGUGGUGUGUCACAGGAAUACUAUAUAAACAGCGAAGGGUAUGCAGUCCCAUUCGGCAGCCAAGAAGCCACCCCUAGCGACAACAGCAACAGCAACAGCAGCAGCAGCAGCAGCACAACCGCUGUCGGCAGCAACAGCAGCAACAGCAGCAGCAGAAGGAAUGGCACCUGGGCGGCCGGCGGCGGAGCAGGCACCAGCAAUGGUUUUUCGGAGGGCUCGGGCGCUGGGUUCGUGGUGGGCCUGGCCUUCUGGCCGGGUGGCACGUCAGCGGACUGGGGAGAUCCCGACACAGGUCUGCAGCCAUGCAACGAGACGCACCGCGCCAAUCUGACUGCAAUGGGCGUGCAUUUCUCUGCGUACAGUGCGCGCAUAGACCGCCUGAGCGUCUUCAAGACUACGUUUCCAGAGGAGCUGUCGCUCACGGCAGACGCCUUGCCGGACACGCCGCUGGUCAUCUCUGUCGUCGCAUUCAGGGGCCUCGUGCGAUCUGAGGCGCGUUACGUAGUCAGCGGCGCUCCCGCACUCACACGCGGCAUGGGCUUCGUAUCGACGCUGUCGCUCAUGUCAAAGUUUGAGCUUGGCGUGCUCAAGUACCUGCAGUUUUACAACCUCACAUGCAAUGACUGCGGCGGCUGGAAGAGCAACCGCUGCAUCAACGGCACAUCCUGCACACUGCCAGUCUCAAACUGCACGUGCGCCGACGCUACGCCGGCCUCUGUGCCAGCCUCGCCGUCACCCUCGCCGUCGCCCUCGACCUCGCCGGCAGCAGAUGGGACGGCCAGCGGCGGCUCCACGGCUGGGGCGUCCUCGCGGCGGCUACUGCAAAACACUACCACAGACGCAGGGACAUGCAACUAUACAUCCUUCUCUUAUUGCGCUGUGUCGGUCAAUUUUGCGUAUGAAGGGCUUGACGUUGGAGGGGCUGCAUUCUCAACCGCCGCUCAGGUGCGGAAGCUCAAUAGCUACAGCCUCGUCUCCCUGUUUGCCAAGGGAAAGUCUCUGUUCUUCGACUUUACGGACAAGUACGACAACACCAUGACGGACUACUGGGGCAAGUUUGGCCAGGCGCAGCAGGACGUGGUGGCCGCGUACUCUGGCAAUGCAGAGGCCGGGCGCACCGUCGGCACGGCGUAG